GCUGGCACCUGCCUACUACCACACUAGGUCCACUCUCUCAUCCACCAUCAUCUCUAACCUCUCGGAGAUCAAGCAGAAGCUAGCUGCGACCUGCUAGCAAUGGGGCACCAGCACCAGAUGUUCAACGACCCCUUCGCGAGCAGCAUGUCGUCACUGGAGGAGGACAUGUUCUCCGGUGCCGGCGGCUACCACCACCUCACGCCGUCCAUGCAGUGGCCGGGCUUGGAUAACGACAUACCGUCGGCGCCGGCUGCCAACAACGCCACCUCCUCCGGCGGCUCCGGAUCACAGCGCAAGAUGAGUCACAACGCGUACGAGCGUGACCGCCGCAAGCAGCUCAACGAGCAAUAUUCCUCCCUCCGCUCCCUCCUCCCCGAUGACGAUCACAAUAAGAAGAUGAGCAUUCCGACCACGGUCUCGCGGGUGAUCAAGUACAUCCCGGAGCUGCAGAAGGAGGUAGACGGCCUGGAGAAGAAGAAGGAGGAGCUGAGGCGGGCCAGCUGCGAGCAAGGCGCCAUGAGGCAGAACACAGCCCCGAUCGUGUCCGCCACCUGCCUCGACGACAGGGAGAUCAUGGUCCAGGUCAGCCUGGUAAGCACAAUGGCCGGAGCUCUGCCCAUGUCCAAGUGCAUCAAGGUGCUGGAGAACCAAGGUCUUCGCCUCAUAAAUUCGUCGACUUCCGCAUUCCAGAACAGGACGUUCUAUAGCCUCCAUCUUCAGAGAACCCAACGAACAAUGAGCAAGGAGGGCCAAACAUUGUGUAACGAACUCGAGAACGCCGUGAAGCAAAAGGCGGGACAACAUCUGCAUCAUUAGUGGAUUCUAACAUAAUAAUGGUGCAUGUCAUCAUACAUAACUCUACCAUGAAUCAAAAUGCAUGCCAUAGAUAUAGAACAAAUAAUCUAAGACAAAUAGUACUGAUGCAUGCAUGACAAUAUAAUACAGUGUGUUCCAUAUAGCUAAUAUAGUGUAUACAUUUCUUGUCCUAUAUUCUACUCUUCAUCAUGUACCCUGGCAUGUGCGCAACUUCGCGAUGAGUAUAAUUAGUAUGCAUGAAACAGUGGAGAAAAUAAAUAUAGAGUGGCCGCGAAGCAGUGGCAUGCAUAAAACACAGGCCAUUGUCGAUGUAAUUCUUACGUAUAAAUGAAUAUAUAAUGAUGUUACAA